CCGUCCCAAUAGCACGCUUCUUUUUUUUUGAUAAUUUAGACUCAACUUUUAAUAUUGCUCCAUUUUAACAUCACCCACUUUAUCUUCCUCUCUACCCUCUGCCCCUUCUUCCCUUGGCGGGUAGAAGACUAAAGCCUGAGCAAACUUGGAUGAAAAGAACUGGACGAACCCACAUGAUUGAUUGGAGUAUCUUUGGUACCAUCACCUGUCUUCAUUUUCUGUUGUUUUCCUAAUAAUCAUCUUAUUUCGGCCAUGCUCUCGUCUCCAUUCCAUUGUUCUUCUUCCUCGUCCUCAUCCUUGUUCGAUUUUUGUUUCUUGGAUGUGGUGUUAAUUGUAGUAGUGGUGACUCUUUCUUGCUCUGCAUAUACCUGUCAUGGCUCAUGUAAUCAACUUGAUCGAGAAUCUUUAUCAUCAUUCAACCAGAGUAUUAAUACUCCAUCUCCUUUGAAUUGGUCUCUGUCGGUUGAUUGCUGCAGCUGGGAAGGAGUUGGGUGUGAUGAGAUUGACAGGGUGAACAGUCUAUUGCUACCGUCGAAAGGGCUUGCUGGAACCAUAUCUCCCUCUAUUGUAAACCUCAGCCAUCUAUCUCAACUCAAUCUGUCACGGAAUUGGCUCUCUGGACCUAUCCCGGAUGGAUUUUUUACGGCCUUGAACCGCCUUGUGAUCAUUGAUUUGAGCCAUAAUCGUCUCACCGGGCAGUUAUCAGAUUCUGAUAAGCUGAUGAGUACUGCCACAACAGUGGAUUUAUCCAGCAACCGCUUUUAUGGGAUAACCCAAUCUUCAUUUUUCCAGCCAGCAUUAAAUUUGCAAAGAUUUAAUGUCAGCAACAACAGCUUCUCUGGUUCAAUCCCUUCAUCUGUCUGCAGAUUUUCGCCCUCAAUCGAGCAUCUUGAUUUCUCCAAUAAUGACUUUUCAGGCUCGAUUUCACAAGGUUUUGGCCAGUGUUCCAAUCUGUUGAGACUACGAGCAGGUUUCAAUAAUCUUUCGGGAGCAAUUCCUAGUGAUAUUUACACAGUUUCAGUGCUGCAAGAACUUUACUUGCCUGCCAAUAAGCUCUCUGGAGUGAUAGAUGGGAGCAUUACUAACCUCAUUGACCUCAGAACCCUUGCUCUCUUUGGUAAUGAAUUGACAGGAAAGAUUCCUCAAGAUAUUGGGAUGCUCUCCAAUUUGGAAAAGUUGUUGCUUCACAAUAAUAAACUAAAGGGCACUCUGCCUCAAUCUCUUACGAACUGUACGAGACUUAAAACGCUGAGUUUAAGGGUCAAUCUCCUUGAAGGUGAACUUUCUGCUUUUGAUUUCUCAAAAUUCAUUCAGCUUAGAUCAAUUGACCUGGGGAAUAAUUUCUUCACUGGUAGAUUGCCAGCGAGCCUUUUUUUAUGCAAGAAUUUGGCUGCAAUUCGCUUGGCCACUAAUAGUUUAAAUGGAGAGGUUUUGCCUAGCAUAAUGGCUUUACAAUCUCUAUCCUUUUUAUCCCUUUCUAAUAAUAGCCUAAACAAUAUCACCAGUGCAAUGCGCAUCCUAACAGGCUGCAAGAACCUUAGCAUUUUAAUGCUGUCGAAAAACUUUUACAAUGAACCACUGCCAGGAGAUGAAAACUUGAUAAGGGAUGGCGAGUUCCAAAAUCUUAAAGUCCUCGGUUUGGGUGGCUGUGGAUUCACUGGUCAAAUUCCAAGGUGGCUGUCUAGACUAGAUAAGCUGGGGGUUCUAGACCUAUCACUUAACAACAUGACGGGCUUUGUCCCAGGUUGGUUUGGGGAUCUGCCAAACCUUUACUACUUGGAUUUGUCCCAAAACCUUCUGUCGGGAUACUUCACUAUGGAACUCAUAAAACUGAGAAGACUAGCAACACAAAAAACUUCAGAUCAAGUAGAACAAAGUUAUUUAGAAUUGCCUGUCUUUGUUCUGCCCUAUAAUGCGUCCUAUCUGCAAUACAACCAGCUCUCUAACCUGCCACCAGCAAUAUACCUCAGAAGUAACAGUAUCAGUGGUACCAUCCCAAUUGAGAUUGGCCAAUUGAAGUUUAUUGUUUCCCUGGACCUCAGUGAUAACAAUUUCUCUGGCAGCAUUCCGGACACAAUAUCUAAUCUUACUGAUUUGGAAAAACUGGACCUCUCUAGCAACCAUCUUUCUGGUCAAAUUCCUGCAUCGCUCAAAAAUCUUCACUUUCUGUCUUCUUUCAAUGUUGCAUACAACAAUCUUGAAGGUCCCAUACCUGUAGGAGUUCAGUUUGACACAUUUCCCAAUUCAAGCUUUGAAGGAAAUUCACGUUUGUGUGGUAAAAGUUUGCCGCGCUCUUGCACUGGUCAAUCGGAAACUACCCAUCAGUCACCACAAAGGAAAGGAACAAAGAGAAAUAUCAUUGUAAUCACCCUCGUGAUUUUUUCUGGCAUUUUCACUUUUGCCAUGCUGAUAUGUUGGGUAUUUUCAAAGAGGAGGAUCCGGCCAAAAAGUCACCCCGAGAAAACUGAUAUGGAUAUGGUAUCCUUCAAUUCUUCUGGAGUAUUUAAUGAAGUUGCUAAUGAUACCAGCCUUGUCAUACUGUUUCCUAACAAUACAAAUAAACCAAUGGAGCUAACAAUCUCUGAAAUCUUGAAAGCCACAGACAGUUUCAACCAGUCGAACAUAAUUGGGUGUGGAGGCUUCGGCUUGGUAUAUAAAGCAACUUUAGUAGAUGGUACCAGGCUGGCAGUUAAGAAACUUUCAGGAGAUAUGGGCCUGAUGGAAAGGGAAUUCAAAGCCGAGGUUGAAGCUUUAUCCACUGCCCAACACGAGAAUCUGGUUACUCUACAGGGUUACUGUGUUCAUGAUGGCUAUAGAUUGCUAAUAUAUUCCUACAUGGAGAAUGGGAGCCUGGAUUACUGGUUGCAUGAGAAACCUGAUGGAGCAUCCCAACUCAGUUGGCCAAUGCGACUGAAGAUUGCUCAAGGGACAAGUCAUGGAGUGGCUUAUAUGCACCAGAUUUGCGAACCACAUAUUGUGCAUCGUGACCUAAAAUCUAGUAACAUACUUCUGGAUGAUAACUUUGAAGCACAUGUGGCAGAUUUUGGGUUGGCAAGGCUGAUUCUUCCUUAUCAUACUCACGUAACCACCGAAUUAGUUGGUACCCUUGGUUACAUUCCCCCAGAAUACAGUCAAUCAUGGAUAGCCACAUUGAGAGGGGAUGUCUACAGUUUUGGAGUUGUUAUGCUUGAACUAUUGACUGGAAAGAGGCCAGUGGAACUAUUCAAGACAAAGAUGGCAAGAGAAUUAGUUGCAUGGGUUCAGCAAAUGAGGAAUGAAGGAAAACAAGAAGAGAUCUUUGAUCCACUCCUGAGAGGCAGAGGCUUUGAAGAAGAGAUGCUGCAAGUGCUUGAUGUGGCCUGCAUGUGUGUCAACCAGAACCCUAUGAAGAGGCCGACUAUUCAAGAAGUUGUUGAUUGGCUCAAAGAUGUAGGAUGCAACCGGCUGGCAGCAGCACAAGGGAACCACGCUACAUAAAUAAGGAUUGUUCAUAUCAACAUGAGUGCCAAAUUACUUCUACAAUCAGUUUGCCAUUCAGGCAAUUCUUUUUCCUUUAGAAAAUAGAAGUCUAUGUAAUGAGUAUAAGAACUUGUACAAAGAUAAAUUUUGCUAACAAAGAAAAUCAAGUAUGCAUGUACAUUCAUACAUACACAAAACACAUACAUAUAUUGAAUGUAAGUUUGAUAUGCUGUCAUUGCAGUUUUAUACAGCAGUAAUUCAAGGUUUAUACAA